AUGUUUCAGCCGAACAUUUUCGACAGUCAUCACCACCUUCUCGACAUGAGUCAGAAAACGCCCGAGAACGAGAUGGACCUCAUUAGGGAUGAUGAGUACGAGAGUAAAUCGGGCACGGAUUUGAUGGAGGCACCGUCCGGAGACGACCAAGAUCUUAAUCAACGGCCCAAGAAGAAACGAUACCAUCGACACACGCAGCACCAAAUCCAAGAAAUGGAGUCGUUCUUCAACGAGUGCCCCCACCCGGAUGACAAGCAACGAAAGGAGCUCGGGCGUCGCCUAGGACUCGAGCCUUUGCAAGUCAAGUUUUGGUUUCAAAACAAACGUACCCAAAUGAAGGCUCAACAUGAGCGCCAUGAAAACACUCAGCUUCGGAACGAAAACGAGAAGCUAAGGGCUGAGAAUAUACGGUACAAAGAAGCCCUGAGCAAUGCAACUUGCCCCAACUGUGGUGGCCCGGCUGCCAUUGGCGAGAUGUCCUUCGACGAGCAGCACCUCAGGAUCGAAAAUGCCCGUCUAAGAGAAGAGAUUGACAGGAUAUCUGGAAUAGCUGCUAAGUAUGUGGGCAAGCCCAUGCUCUCAUAUCCUCAUCUUCCCACCGGCUCAUCAUCACGCUCCCUCGACCUUGGAGUGGGAAAUUUCGGGCCACAAACGAGCCUUACCGGUGAGGUUUACGCUGCAUCCGAUCUUCUCAGGUCUGUUUCAGGCCCAACAGAUGCCGACAAGCCCAUGAUUAUCGAGCUGGCCGUUGCAGCAAUGGAGGAACUGAUCCGAAUGGCUCAAUCCGGCGAACCAUUGUGGAUUCCUAGCUCGGAUAAUUCUUCCGAGACGUUGAAUGAGGAAGAGUACGGGCGGGCCUUCCCGCGUGGGAUCGGGCCCAAGCCUUUGGGCCUGAAAUCCGAAGCCUCUCGGGAGUCCGCGGUUGUGAUCAUGAAUCAUAUCAAUCUUGUGGAGAUACUCAUGGAUGUGAACCAAUGGUCCAGUGUGUUUGCUAGCAUUGUUUCAAGGGCUGUGACUUUGGAUGUUUUGUCUACUGGUGUGGCUGGCAACUACAAUGGAGCACUACAAGUUAUGACGGCCGAGUUUCAGGUCCCAUCUCCCUUGGUCCCGACUCGUGAGAACUACUUUGUCCGAUACUGCAAACACCACUCGGAUGGGAGUUGGGCUGUUGUCGAUGUCUCUUUGGAGAAUUUACGACCCAACUCCUUAUCGAGAUGUCGCCGUAGACCUUCCGGUUGUCUGAUUCAAGAGCUUCCAAAUGGUUACUCAAAGGUCACGUGGGUGGAGCACGUGGAAAUAGACGAUCGAGCUGUGCACAGCAUAUACAAGGCGCUGGUCAACUCGGGCCUAGCCUUUGGGGCCCGCCGAUGGGUUUCCACGCUUGACCGUCAAUGCGAACGUCUCGCGAGCCUAAUGGCUAACAAUAUUGCAGCAGGAGAUGUCGGCGUUAUAUCGUCCCCGGAGGGUAGGAAGAGCAUGCUGAAGCUGGCGGAGAGGAUGGUGAUGAGCUUCUGCACGGGCGUGGGGGCAUCCACAGCUCACACGUGGACAACACUGUCCGGGAGUGGCGCGGAUGAUGUUCGGGUGAUGACUAGGAAGAGCAUGGAUGAUCCGGGCAGGCCACCCGGGAUUGUGCUUAGUGCCGCAACCUCGUUCUGGCUCCCGGUCCCACCUAAGAGGGUGUUCGACUUCCUCAGGGACGAGCACUCGAGAAGCGAGUGGGAUAUUCUGUCGAACGGCGGCCUUGUUCAAGAAAUGGCACACAUUGCCAACGGACGUGAUCCGGGGAACUCCGUGUCUUUGCUGCGUGUCAAUAGCGCAAACUCGAGUCAGAGCAAUAUGCUGAUAUUGCAAGAGAGCAGCACGGACUCGACCGGUUCGUACGUCAUUUAUGCUCCGGUUGAUAUCGUGGCCAUGAAUGUUGUCCUGAGUGGUGGCGACCCAGAUUACGUGGCCCUUCUGCCGUCGGGCUUUGCUAUACUUCCUGACGGGCCCACUAACCCUGUGGGCCCCGUUCCUGAUGUCGGGUCGGGCGGGUCUUUGCUGACUGUGGCAUUUCAAAUAUUGGUAGACUCUGUUCCCACGGCCAAACUUUCUUUGGGUUCGGUGGCCACUGUGAAUAGCCUCAUCAAAUGCACGGUUGAGCGGAUCAAAGGUGCCGUCUUGUGUGAAGGGGCCGAUAGAAGGAUGUUUACGUACGGUAGGAUCGUAAAAGAAAGGGAAGAAGUCAAGAACGCACCUUGCGUGUGUCCUUGCUUUGUGGUGUUUAUCGACAGAUAUUCACCGCAAGGCAAGGGUAAUGGGUUCGGGUAUUGA